AUGACUCGUCCGGUACAAAGACAACGCUCAAGACGAUCUGCCAUUGUUUCUUUGGAAGAAAUCAAUGUUCAGGAACAGCUCGCGGAAAUGCUUCGCUACGAACAGGAAAUGAGGGAUCGUGCGUUUGCGUUCAACUUGCAAAGAGAGGAGGGAAACCAGCAAAAUGCUCCGGAUGUGGUUCCAACCCCACCCCCGAUUCCAGCGGUUGCGUCACCAGCUCCAGCUGCAAGACCUGUCCAACAGGUGUCUCCGUCGAAUUCGAGAAGAUCAGGAAGAAUCUCCCCAUCCGGUAGACAAUCAGCUGGGAGAUCGGCAAAUGCUAAUGAUUCGGGAAUCCGAGAUGCUCCAGGACCGAUCCGAAAUUCUCAAAGAACUCGGACAUUAGUAAGGCAAGUGCAACAGACAGGAACUCCAAAUAGGCGUGCGAUCCCUGCUAGAAUCGUGGAUAUCAGCAGCAGUAGUGAUGAUUCAGAUGGAGACGUUCUCCUCGUCGACUCAGGGGACUCCAGUAUUUCUUCGGUCUCUAGUGGUUCUUCUAACUCUUCUAACUCAUCUGGCAGCAGCUCUAGUUCUGACGAUUCAUCUCGUAUCCGAGUUCAGAACUCCACUUCUCCAAACGGUUCUUCUUCCGAAUCUAGUAGUAGAUCUGAUGACGAACCUACAUCUAGAGCUCGAAUUCAAGCCACAAUUACUUUGAACGGCCUUCCUCGUACCCCAUCUGUCAUGCAUGCUGCAAGACCGAAUAGUGAUUCUGGUGUUGGAGUUCUCAUAUCAGGUGACAGCAGUAAUCAGCCUUCUACUUCUCGUGGGCCCACCACGCCUGUCCGCACUGGUGUGCUUGAUCCAACAUGGGGUGAUUGCACGAUGUGUUUCGAAGUCCCAAUUAAACCCCAAGGAUGCAAUCGCUGUCGUCAAAUUAUUGGAUGUGCUACAUGCGUUAUUAGUUGGUUCAAAGCUGCUCAUAGGGAAGCUGCAUGUCCAUUGUGUCGCAACAAAUGGGCUCGAAAGCCGGACGUGUCUCUUAUGACCACGAUUGAAAGACGCCGACGAGGAGCUCGUGCAUGA